AUGAACCCUUACCUCUACUACCAAUACCCAGCAUACAGGCGAGUAGAACUGGCCGUCGGCGAUAUGCGACCAUCAGCUGUCCCUUACGAUCCCAGAUUUCACACUGCAGGCUUCUAUGUCGGACCUACACAAGAGCAGAUGCUCAUUGGAUACUUGCACAGCAUGAAUGAGUCAUUCGCAACUCUCGCCGAAGAAGUCCGUUGGAUUAGAGAGCAAAUUGCCGAGAUCAUACUGUGGUCCUCAGUAGAAUCCCCUAUUAGCUCCGCCAGUUCAUGGAGCCAAGUCGACCUACCCGAAGCGCAUGGCGAAUACCCACGGCCAUGCUGUCAUUUUGGCAGCUCAUCGACAUCCUCUCGUUCUUGGAAUCGUAGUACAUCGAGCUCAGCCUCUUAUACCGAUGUACCGGCAUUCGCCCGAAAGGUGGCCGGCCGAUUCCGAGGCCAAGACCAGAACGACAGCAGCCAAUCCGGUUCCAUUACCGCGACUAUGAACGAGCUUGCACCCUCUUUCCGCCUCCUCGAAGGAGAUUUGGAAGAGACUCGCAGCCGACUUCAAGACUUGCGUGUUUCGGCCGAGGAGACACAGGCUGAGCACAUACAGGAGAAGGUUCGACUUCUCGCCGACCGGCUCGAGGAGUCUAUCAACCAAGACUUAGCUAGAAUCCGCCUCAUCCACGAAGCCCAGGAUUACACCGAACUGGCUGCCUUCUCAGAAACUCUGAUUCCAAUAGACUCUUCUCGUCAUUUAGGAAGCAGUAGAUGGGUGGAUUCAUCCAAGGAUGGCCAGGGCUCGGAGCCCGUCUGCUCUCGCAAUUCGUCACCACUUUCUCCUCAUGUCAAGAUUCCUACGACAGGCGAGAACGACUUCAAGUCUGCAGAAAAUAGGGACUAUGCUAGUAGCGUUGAGGAUGAGUCUGGUGAAGAACUGAUUGUUACGGGGAAUGAGAGCGCGAUUGCGUCGCAGCUACUCCGACCGGCAGGGUACACUGUGGAGAAGGAGGCCCGGGGCUCCGAGUGGAUGAGCGAGGAAAAGGAGGUCCCGGCUGCCCUCCUCGGCCACUGGAGGAAGAGAUGGCUCAGCGGAGCAGAGCAUCACGAUCGCCAGCGACGCGCCAUCGUUGAGGAACCGGAGGGCCCUUCGAUGCAGAUACCGAAAGGGGGCAAGUAUUUCGGCCUGAACCGACUGGAGGCGUCUACGCUGUGCCAGAUCAGGACGGAAAAAUAG